CCUUCCUUAUCUUCGCCAACAAGCGUCGUCAAUAACGGUAAAAAGCUUCAAGGCAAGCCGUUUUAUACCCUGGCAGGAAGUAUCUACUGUGAGGGCGAUUUUUUGUACUCAGGAGUCCAUCCACCGCCCCCUGAAGUGUGCAACAGCUGUUGUCGCUCAAUCACGGACAUGGUCCUGCAGGCUCACGGGAAGUCGUACCACUCGGCUUGCUUCCGCUGCGCCGUCUGCAGACAGAGCCUGGUGGACCUGCCCUUCGCCGUUGGCAGCGACGGCGAGGUUUACUGUAUCGUCGACUACCACAAGGCGCAGGCUCCCUGCUGUGCAUCCUGUAAUAAGCCCAUACUGCCAACUGAGGGUAGCACAGAGUCAGUUCGUGUGGUGUCAUUUAACAAAAACUACCAUGUGGACUGCUACGGAUGUGAGGUUGAUUUUGUUUGAAGGUUUUAGCAUUUUAUUGUAUACAAAACAAAUUAUAUUGUGCCUUGUCUCAUGAUUUUCUUGCCAUAA